AUGAAUGAACGAAAUGUCCGUCCCAGCCGCCCCCUCGCACGCCACCGCCACCGUCAGCCCCCCCACUCACCACGGCGGCGCCCUCUAUGCGCGAGGCGGACGCCGUGGCCCCCGACGCGUCCGUCCUGUCGCGGAUCCCGUACGGCUGGCAGUUCAGCUUCAGGCGGGGGCCCGGGCGAGGAGCUCGAGAGCCACGGCAGCUUCAGCUCGAAGCUUCCGCGGAGAAGACACGGCGAGUUCACCAACGGCAUCGCUGACGAGUACCACCACCACCUGCUCCGCCGCCAGCAGUCGCAGCAGUCGCCGCAGCCGCAGCUGCAGCCGCAGGGCUCCUCGGACGGCGCGCAGGGCGAAGACGCGUCCGAGGGCGACGACCCCGUGGCGGCGGAGGUGAUGGUCGUCAACGACGCCUCGGACCAGCUGCAGCAGGAGCGGCCGCCGCAGCAGCCGCCCUCCGCGGGGUCCCCGGUGUACCCGCGGUACCUGGAGGGCUGCGACGAGGACUCCGUGACGGAGGAGGCCACGCUGAGCGACGUCACGUCCAUCGGCGAGGACGACUCGCGCUCGCACCUGGACGUGCCGCACAUCAGCGUGGCCAAGCCGGAGGCGGAGUCCAGCCCGGCCGCCGCCGAGAACGAGAAGUCGCUAGGCCUGUCGGAGCUGCUCAAGAGCCUCAUCAUCGGCGACGAGGACGAGAGCUCGGCCAUGUCGUCCUCGGACCUCCAGGACGACCCCGAGCGCCUGGAGGACAGCGCGCGCAUGGACCGCCUCGGGAGCCCCAACAGAGCCUUCCGGGACAUGUGCCGCCGGAGGGACGCCAACAGGCAGAACUGGAAGCUGGGGAUCCGCUCGCACUCCGCCCCCGAGGAGGCCGAGUGCCACGCCUCCACCUACUCGCUCUCGAGGCUGGACUCGCCGGCGCAGGAGAGGGAGUACCAGAACAUCAACAAGAUCCACCGGCGCGACACCUCCAUGGAGGCCGCCCGGAGGUACCUCCAGAGCGACGAGAACCUCUGGAGGACGUGGCGGUGCGGCCCGGCCUGGGGGCGGAGGUCGAGGGGGAGCACCAACCCCCUCCUCCACCACCUGAGUCCCGGCGUGAGGGGCAGGGUCAGGAGGCCCAGAAGUAUAGGUGCUAGCGGGGAACUGUACGGCAAGCUGGCCGUGUUCGAGCCCCACAGGUAACUCUCCUGGAGGAAGCCCUUCGCGGCGCCCGCUCGUCUCCCGUCGCCCUUCCGCGCCCCCUCCUCUGUUCAUACCUGUUCCCCUCUCUCUCCUGUGUUCUUCCUCUCUUUCUUUCCUCUCUCUCCCUCCUCCCAUCCAUCUCCCUCUCCCUUGCCCUAUUUAAACCACGCAAUCCUUCUUUUCACUUCCACCUCUCUCUC